AAAACGUUUAGGAGAAAGGGUAUUAAGGGGAAAAGUUGGACGAGGGCAAGCAUAGGUAGCUGAGGCGGUAUCACCCGCGGCUGUUCUAAAUUAAAGUCUUGCUUGUGAUUCCUGUGUCACGCUGCAAUGAGCGAUGAUAUAGAACAAGAAUUUGGAGAGGAAGGUUUUGACCGAAGAGAUGGAGUUGGUGAAGAUGAGGAACAAUUUGGAGAAGAAGACAUGGAAGAGGCCGGAGAAGAAGAAAUUGCAGAGGCGGAAGAACAAUUUGGAGAUGAAGAAAUAAUGGAAGAGGUCGGAGAAGAAGAAGAAAUAGAAGGGACCGGAGAAGAAGAAGUGGAGGAAGAUGAAGAAUUAAUAGAGGAAGAUGAAGCCAGGGAGUUAGAUGAAGAAGUAGGAGGAGAGACUGAAGAUGAUAAAGAAAAAAAAUCAUUGUCGCGACCAAAGAAACGGCUCAAGGUAGCGACCGUACCGCCAGUUGACCGGAUCAGUGUGUUGCCUAUUUUCUUGCUUAUUGGCAUCAUCUCACGUUUGGACACAAAGGACGCUGUGAUUACUAGUGUGUUGUCCAAAAGAUGGAAGCUUCUCUGGUUAUUUAGUCCAGAGCUCAAAUUCUGUGAGAGCAGUGAAGAAAUUGAGACAAUAAGCAAGUUUGUGUCUUGGGUUAAUAGGCUCCUUGUCAUUUAUAACUCGGUCUUUUUGUGGAACUUUGAGAUGGAGUUCACUUACUAUGAACGCUUUGCUUCUGAUGUUUAUGCUUAGGUUGCUAAUGCUAUCAAAAGUGAGGUGAUGGAAUUAUCUUUGCUGCUAAACCCCUCACCCUCCAAAGAUUUAUAUAAGAUGCCUCAGCUGCUGUUUUGCAAUGCAUCCUUUGAACGGUUGAGGUUUAGGAGAUGCAUCAUGGCUCCUCGAAGAAAUAUUGAGUGGAAAUCUUUGACUAGAUUGUUCCUUGAGGAAAUGGAGUUGCCUCAACAUAUAAUUGAUAAAAUAUUAUCAGGAUGUCCUCUUUUGACUAAUUUGCUUCUAAUAUCAUGUUGGGGAUUCAAUCGUUUUGAAGUGAAGACUCAAAAACUUGAUGUACUUGGGAUAGGGGACGCUGAAGAUGGAAUCAGUGAUCCUUUGCUGGAAAUUUCAGCACCCCUAACGGAAUGUUUACUUCUUACUCCAUACCCCAGAGGAAGAAAAUGGAGUGUAACUAACAUCCCUUCUGUUGUUAAAGCUAAUAUUGAUUUCGCCGGAUCUGAUUGGGACGCUAGUUCGGUAGAGGUGAUGGGUAAUAUGAAAGAUCUUCUUGCAAACCUUCUGCAUGUCGAAGAGCUUGAGUUGAGAAGCUAUUGCAUUAAGGUUUUCUCAAUGUUGGCAAUGAAUGGAUGGGAGCUUCCACAAUCCAAGCGAGGUUCUCUGAUAGUAAAUACUACAUGCAAUGAGCAGAUCAUCUCUGGCAUCUUAUUCCUGCUGGAAUCUUCUCCAAGCAUUGAGAAGUUGGUUGUAACGGGCUAUGAACCUGAUGAUGAAGCUGUGACUUUAUGCCCCGGUGCAAAGUGUGAUUUGGAUUGCGACCUUUUGCAUCUGAAGUAUGUUCAUAUCACAAUCUGCCCUGAUCCAAAUCUUGCUGGUGAACCGAUGAUGACAUUGGCCCAAAUUCUGCUGAAGAGAGCAACAGUAUUGGAGAAGAUGGUGAUUGAUGUUGAAUAUACAACUCACUUUGUCGAGGUAAUUCAAACAUUGCUUGGUUACCCGAGAUCCUCACCAAACGCUGUCAUCGUACUCCGUUAACCAUGCAACAACGGUUUUAAUCACCCUGGCAGAAUUUGUUUUCAAUUAUGCUGCAUAUAAAUGUGCAGUUUUGCUUCAUGUUUUCCUAUGUGUAAGGUAAAUGGUUUGUUGCCAUGCUGUUAGGCUGAUGUAACCCCAUGCUGUUUGUAAGUCAUAAGAAUUAAAUUUUGGCCUUUUCACUCUUCAUAUGUAAUCAGCAAGUAUAGGAAUUAGGAAUUAGGAAGGGGG